AACAAUUUGGAUUGUAAAACGGGCUGAGGAGUCAAAGAAAGUCUGGAUCUUAAGUGAGCUGCAUCGGAGCUCAGAUGUCCCUGUGUCUAGGGUUUUCCCUCUGCUGAGGGACCGAUUGGGGAUUCUCCGUCCAAAAUCUCAUCUUUUUCUAUCCCGCGGAUCGGAGAAGAAGCUCCAUCUCCUCUAUCGCCCUUAUUCUUCUUUUAAUACCCUUUCAUGGCGAUCUGAGCUGUUUUUUUUCUGGUGAGCGAAGGUCCAGGGGCCGUUUGGAAGCUACCUGCUAUCUUCUGUCCGUGGUUAUCGCUUGGAUUUGUACUCCGCGGAUUUCAGGGCGUUGCUUUUACUGUAAGGGUAGGAGUGGGAGAGCAGUCCUUGUCGACUUAUCAGAAUCCCUUUCUAUUGGCUAUGUUGCCCUGUGUGUGGUGGUGAUGAUGGUGGUGGUGGUGGAUGGGGAGUAGGAAAAGUGGGCCUGGACUAACAGAUGUUACAGAAACAGUAAGCCGGAUGCCAAGCUUUCUUCCUUCAGCAUCUGCGGCUCUUGCAAUUGGUGCCGAGGGAAAUAGCAUGCAUGCAUCAAGAAUGUCAGCGUUUGGAGCAUUUGACCAAUCAAAUGGUUUUGUUGUAAAUGAUGGUGCUGACCUAAGCAGAAAACAUUUAUUGAACACAAAAUCAAGUGGAAACUUAAUUUCUUCUGAUUCUAUUCAGUUUGCUGCUUUCAACAAAACACAGGCAUCGACUGAUGUAACUCCAAUUGCUCGAGUUGGUCAUGCAAAUAUUCCCCAGCAGAAGGGACAACCAACAAAUAUGGCUCCAUCAUCUAUCGGUCAGUUUGAGAACUGGGGAGAGUCUAAUAUGGCAGAUAACAGUCCUAGGAGUGAUAGCUCGACAGAUGAGGACAUGGAUGGAAGGAAUCAAAGGUUUGAUAAAGGACAAACUGGUACUGUAGCUGCUUCGGAUUCCAGUGAUAGAUCUAAAGAAAAAACGGGAGAUCAGAAAACUCUUAGACGGCUUGCUCAAAAUCGUGAAGCUGCAAGGAAAAGUCGUUUAAGGAAAAAGGCUUAUGUUCAACAACUUGAAAACAGCAGAUUGAAGCUCACUCAACUCGAGCAGGAGCUCCAGAGGGCACGCCAACAGGGAAUCUUUAUUUCAAGCAACGGAGAUCAAGCACAUUCUACAGGUGGAAAUGGGGCUUUGGCAUUCGAUGUAGAAUAUGCUCGAUGGAUCGAGGAACAGAACCGUCUCGUCAAUGAGCUUAGAGCUGCGGUUAACGCGCAUGCAAGUGAUAAUGAUCUCCGCGCUGUUGUCGACGGAAUAAUGGCUCACUAUGAUGAAAUAUUUAGGCUUAAGGGUAAUGCGGCGAAGGCGGAUGUCUUUCACAUGCUAUCAGGCAUGUGGAAGACACCAGCAGAGAGGUGUUUCCUUUGGCUGGGUGGCUUCCGGUCCUCCGAGCUUCUUAAGCUACUGGCAAAUCAUCUGGAGCCUCUAACUGAGCAGCAGCUAGUAGGUAUCUGCAACCUGCAGCAAUCCUCUCAACAAGCCGAGGACGCUCUCUCGCAAGGCAUGGAAGCACUGCAGCAGUCGCUGGCCGAAACUCUCGCCGGAGCUCUCAGCCCCUCCGGUUCCUCCGGCAUGGUCGCGAACUACAUGGGACAGAUGGCAAUGGCCAUGGGAAAGCUCGGCACGCUCGAAAACUUCCUUCGCCAGGCUGACAAUUUGCGACAACAAACGCUGCAACAGAUGCAUCGGAUACUAACAACACGACAAUCAGCACGAGCUCUUCUGGCGAUAAGCGACUAUUUCUCGAGGCUCCGUGCACUGAGCUCACUUUGGCUCGCCCGUCCUCGAGAGUGAGAGAUGAUGUAUCUCUGAUCUUGGAGCCUCACUUCAAUGGUUUUUUUCAAUGUAAGAAUGUAAUAUUGUAUUUGUAGGAUUGUUGGUCCACUCUCUUUUAUGUGUAGUGUGUUUUUCAGGUGUAAGAAUUGAAAACAUUAGAAUGUUUGUUGUAAUAUUUAAGGUUAAGUUUGUUAUAACUAGAAAAAAAAAAAAAAAA